CCAACAUCUGAAGCUCUUCUGCAUCUCUUCCAAGGGCGCAUCGCUGGGGUUUUGUUUAACAUGCAGGCUCUAAGGUGCGAGUAGCAGUUUGAGCUCAGAGGAGUCUUCUGUGUGUCUUCAUGCAUUCUUCAAGGACAGAAAUGGGCUCAGUGGGAGCGGAGCGUCGCAGGCCAACGCCGGCCCAGACGCCCGAGGAAUGGGACGGGUGGAGGGAUCGAGGAAUGGCUGGAUGGAGGGAUCCCGGGAGGGAGGGCUGGAGAGAGGGAAGGGAGAGCGGCGUGGUGCAGAGCUACAGCUUCGAUUCGUAUCAGCUGGAGGAGGAGGAGAUCAGUAAAGACGCCCCAGAGCGAGGAGUGCUGGCUCUAUCUGAGCCCGAAUUUGAGCAGCCCAUCCCUGAUGACCGUUACCAUGGCAUCUACUUUGCAAUGCUCCUGGCUGGAGUGGGUUUCCUGCUUCCCUACAACAGCUUCAUCACUGAUGUCGACUACCUACAUUGCAAGUUUCAGGGAACACCCAUAGUGUUUGACAUGAGUCUAACCUAUAUAGUGGUUGCUCUGCUGGCUGUGAUCCUCAACAAUGUGCUGGUGGAGAGACUCAGCAUGCACACCAGGAUUACUGUGGGUUACAUCUUGGCACUGGGGCCACUCAUCUUUGUCAGCGUGUUUGACGUCUGGCUGGAAAUGUUCACCAACAAGCAGGCUUACGUCAUCAACCUGGUGUCAGUGGGAGUGGUCGCCUUUGGAUGCACAGUGCAGCAGUCCAGUUUCUAUGGUUACAUGGGGAUGCUUCCCAAGAGGUAUACUCAGGGGGUGAUGACUGGAGAAAGCACGGCCGGCGUGAUUAUUUCGCUGUCUCGCAUCUUCACCAAGCUGUUGAUAGACGACGAGAAGAUGAACACCGUGAUCUUCUUCCUCAUCUCUAUCGGCAUGGAGAAGCUCUGCUUUCUGCUUCACCUCGUCGUCCGACGCUCGCGGUUUGUCCGCUACUACACCAGCCACGCUCAGGGCAAAGGUCCGGCAAAAUGUCACGAUCCGAGAGACACCGGCACCGGAUACAGGGUCCAUCAUGACGUCACAGCAGAGGAGGUUAUAUUC